AUAUGUACAUAUGUACGUUUACUUUAUAUGGUCGGAGAUUCUUCAUUCUUCAUGAUACAUACAUUCACACAAAUACAACAUACUCUUGUACUCUACGGGUACGGGAAUUGAACAGUUUUCUUAAGGCUUCAUCAAUAUUCUUUGCUUUUUUCUUUUAUAUAAAAGCUACAAUACAAUACCUAUGAAUUUUACUCAUAUAUGAAACUUACAAAAGUUUACAAUAAAAAUUAAGAAUACAAAUUUAGAAAAAUCUUAUGGCUAUCUGUGUAUUAUGCAGAUUUGUUGUUCAAAAAUUAUAUAGAUGCAGCGACAUUAUGUUCAUACGUUUCUACUCCGAUCAGCUGUUUAGUUCAAUAUCGCCAUCGUGUCACACAGCCACAAUUUUUCGGGGCUUAAAUAUUUUUAGUUUUGUUAUAAUUUCUUUUAAUGUUAAGUGUUUCUAAUAGUGAUUUCUAUAACUAUUUGUAACAUUAGUAAACUUAAUAAAUAGAAAAUUUUAUUCAGCUUUAAAAUGAAAAAGUACACAAUUAAUAACAGCCGAUAUUAAUAUUCGCACAUAGCUUUGGCCCUCUCCACCCCUGAAGAUCCAUAUCACCCCAUGCUUGAGGUUUUGGGGGAAACCAUUUCUAAUAUCGAUCAGAAGUCUCCCUGCGUGUAAAAUAAGAUUCGCUGUUUCCGUAAGGCUAACUUUCACAAACUUUAUAGAACUGCCUCUAGGUCAUAGAGCAAACAACCAGACAAACAGAGGGACAAGCUGCCUUCAUUUGGAAAGAGCUCUAAAAAUCGAAUUUCUUGAAUAACUUCUGAACGAAAUGUUGGAGCGGGUCGGUUGAGGUACCAAUCGAUGCGUCUUUAGCCCUUUAAAACGAUUUUGAUGACUUGAUUGAGAAUCAUGUCGGCCAGGAAGUAUAGUAGCUGGGAAAAACAUAGACAUGAAGAACAAUAUCUUAAAUAUAUUGCUAAAUUAAAAUUUAUUCCUGAAGAAAUUAAACCGAAAUCCAUAGAGGAAAAGUUGUUCGAACCCAAUAUUGCGCGAAUUUCUCUUUCGCCACGACCUAUUUCCAAUACAUUAAGAAUCAAAGAUGUAAAAAAUUGGUUGUUUCUCGCAACAAUUAUUCUGUUUGUAUCUGCUCAAUUUGUUUAUGGACAAGAGGAUGCUGAAAGCUACAAAAAGUUUUUCAAUUCCAGUGGAAGACCCGAAUAUAACAUAUUUAGCUCAAAUUUUAAUGCAAAUGCGCUUCCCGACCCAGAUCGGAUUGAUGUUAACUCGAAUUUAAAUAAAAUCGAAGUAAAUGAAGCGAGCUUAAAAAGGUAUAGCUCAUUCAAUUCGUCAAAAAUUGACAUAUUUUCCAAUGCUCAAACAGUUUCGAUGAACCGCAAUAUUUUGCUCAAUUUUGAUAAUAUGCUACAACGGCAAUUGCGAGAGAAAGCAAGGUUAGACAGUUUGGAGUCUAUAAAAAUGCAUAUACUUAUGCGAUUAAAUCUUAAACAACUUCCAAAUAUAACAAAACCUAUACCUGUGCCGCAAAAUAUAAUAGAUAACUUUUAUAAAGACUACAAUGUAUCUUCUCAAAAUGUAAUAUCGAACCAUGCAUUUCGAAAUAUUAAACGAAAUGUUAGUCAGCUUCGCGGUGCAAAUAUCGAAGAUUUUAAGGACAACGAAUCUACCCAAAUGCAAGGGGAUAGUUCUAAUACUGUAAAUGAGUUCCCAAAUAUUUAUAAAAGAGAGUCCAACGAAAAAAACAUCAAAAGAAAAAUUCCAACAAAUAUCAAAACCGAUGAUUAUGAAAGUGUUCUUUCACAAAUCAGCAGCAUUUACAUCUUUCCUGAACGUUCGUUGAGCGCCGAGGAUGUCCGCAGAUGGUGCACUGCGACAACGCGACGAACUUCGUCGGAGCGAGUCGCCACUUCGCGGCACUGCGGCAAAAAAUCAAGGACGAGGCGAACGAACUGAGACAAUACGCAUCAAAAAAAGGAUGCGUAUUUGCGUUCAUACCGCCGCGGGCUCCGCUCAUGGGUGGUCGAUGGGAGGCAGGUGUCAAAUCUGCAAAGCACCUACUCCUACGUGCGGUGGGCAGCGCACGGUUGACCGCAGAGGAGCUGCAGACCGUCCUCGUUGGAGUCGAAGCCGUAAUGAAUUCGAGGCCCCUGGGCGCCCUCAGUCAGGACCCAAGCGACGGCGAGGCGUUGACUCCCGGGCACUUGUUGACUGGUCAACCGCUCAUCGCCCCACCAGCACUGCGGACCCCGGACCAGCAGGGUCUAACGUGCUUGCGGCGAUGGCGGCUUGUCUCGUCAAUUAAGCAAACGUUUUGGCAGCGAUGGCCUUCAGGUGCGGUCGAAGUGGUAUCGGGAGCAGGAGGACUUCAGGAAGGGCGAUCUGGUUCUAGUCGCGGAACAUCACCAGCCACCCCAACAGUGGAUCCCCGCCAGGGUCGUCGAAACAAACGCCGGCGCGGACGGAAGGGUCAGGGUCGCCGUCGUGAGGACUAGCGCUGGAGCGAUUUUCAAGAGGGCGAUCCAUAAGCUGGCGAUGCUGCCGGUUGGUUGAAGCCAGAGGCCUUCAACGGGGCUGGUGUAGCAUAAUUAGAUUUGAUUAGGUUAUCAUAAUUAAAUACUGUAUUAAUAAUAAUAAUAAUAAUUAAAUACAUAAUAAAAUAGUGCUCUCUCAUAAUUAAUUAAGAAAGGAAUAUGCUCUUAUUCUUAUAUACACUGUUACUCCAGAGCGCUCGCAAGGUUCAAUUGACUUUUUUUGGGAAAUGCCAUAUAACUGAACAAUCGGA